AUGCAAGAAGGUCCCACUAUACCAAUCAGGAAACUCCCCAUCAUAGACUGCGUCUUGCUCAGUCAUGAAGAUCAAGUUGACAACCUGGAUGAGACAGGCCGUCAACUCCUCAUCGGCCGCAGAGUCAUUACCACGCCUGAUGGUGCAAAGAACUUAUCUGACUAUCCUGGCACAUGCGCUAUCAAGCCGUGGCAAACGCUGAAGUUUCAGCUUGGAGGCAAAGAAUGGAGCAUUACUGGUGUUCCAUGCGUCCAUGUCCCAGGCGGCGAAGUAACUGGCUUUUCUCUUGCACAAAACCUCUUUCGGAAGCUUCGUGAAAAAUAUCACGUCGUGGUUGCACUCACGAAUCUUGGGCGGGCAAUGCUACCAAGCCCCAAGAGCCCCACUGGGUUCGUGCAGAUCACAAUGGGUGGCGAGGAUGCUGUGAAGAUGAUGGAGGUUUUGGAGGCUGGUAUGCUUGUUCCCAUGCAUUUUGAGUCAUGGGCGCACUUUACGCAGGAUGGCAAGGAUUUGGAAGAGAUCUUUACGUCAGGAGGCUUGGGAGAUAAGAUCAAAUGGCUAUCUUCUGGAAAACAAGUCAAUGUGAUCUAG